UUUAUCAGCCCUGCAAAUGUAAAAGCAGCCCAAUUACAGCUCUGGGAAAACUCAUGUUCCAUGGGCUUGGGAUCUUUUAGGUGCUGGGGGGAUCUGUUUCAAAAAAAGGUGCAAAAUUGGUAUCUUGAGCUCUUCUGGCAGCACCCAGAGGGAGCAACUGGGCUUCUCCUCACAGCUGUAAAGGCUGAAGGGAGCUGGUCCCUCCUUGCUGCUCCAGGCUGCGGGGAUGAAGGGGAGGGUGAAGGUGUCAGGAAGCCCUGGGGCUGUCAGGGUCUGUAGGUGACAACAGAGAUACUUUACAGGAGGCAACAUAAACAUUCUCCAUCUCAGGUGGAGAAAGGAGGACACCCAGAAAGUCAGGACACUGAGUAUUGUGGUGGAAGGUAGAGUGCUCAUGAGCUUUUCCGGUUGGCUUCAGGAUUCCUGUUAGGGAUCCAUCACUAAAAUAACUGGGUUUUUUACUACAAUGCUUCUUGAAGCCUAAAUUGGCUUUUUCAACUGCAGUGGCAGCAUUGCUUAGCUCGAAAAGGAAAAAUUGCAGCAGUGGGACGUGGGGUGGGGCUGGUGGGAGCUGGGUGCUGCUAGUGGACAGGGCCAGCUGAGGUGACCAGACACAUCUGUGACCACCAGCACAAGCUCCCGUCCCCUCUUGGGAACUGAAGCCCAGUUUUAAUUCAUCUGCAAUGUUCAACAUCUGCUGCAGCUGUGGCUCCUGAGGCAGAGCAGGACCCUCUGCUUUCAGCCCCUCCAUGGGAACAAUCUGCUCUUCACCAGCAGCUCAAGCAUCAGCACUCACAGCCUGGUCCUGCUCUGCCUUUAUUUUGUCUCAUGUCCCAGCUCUCAUGUUGCAGUCGCUGUCUUGAUAUGUUAAAAAAAAAAAAACAACAGCAAACCUCCUUCAUUUUCAGAACCUUUUUUGAGCUCUAGGAAAUCACAUCUCCAAAAGGACUGGGGUUGCCAAGUUAUGUGUUGGGAAACUCGGAAAUGCCAGAUUUAAACUGCCCGGGCCAUCUUCCCCUGCACCCCUACCUGUUUCCCAUUUGCUGUAGUUUUUAAUGGCACAGGCACUUUAUCCUUUAUCCUGGGCCUAAGGCAGUUUGCAUAUAUUAACUUGAGCUUCCUAAUUUCUUGUAGUGAAAGGAAUCCUGCUCUUCACCUUUCAAUCAGUUCUGAAAAGCAGCAGCCUCUGAAAUGCCAUAUUGAGAGCAAGGAGGGCAAAAUUUCCCUGCUCAUAGGCAGGAAAUGUGCCAUUUUUCCUUCUGGCGGUUACUAUUGUUUGUGUUGAAGCUCAGGGGAUGCAGUUUUCCUUGUGAGGAUCUAUCAGGAGCCAAUAUCCAGCCUGUGCCAUUGCAUCUGCUCCAGGACGUCUGUGCUCUGCUCUGUGGAAAGUGUGAGUGGUUCUGAGCCAUGGCCAACCCAACUCUAAACCAAAAGGGUGUUGUGGACAGAAAAACAGCCUCACCUGAACUCUAAACCCUCCUCUGCUGUUCUUUGGACUGGGGAAGGGAUUUUGGAUCCAGCUCAGCAGAAGGGCUGGAAUCAGUUGUGGGAUUGCUGCUCAUUGCAGCCUUGGGCCAUGGUGGGAUGCAGGUAUGGAUGAGAAUCAUUCAUAGUGCUGCAAGGCUUGCAUUGACUCUUGAGGCAGAUUUACUGCAGGUGAGGAGUGCUCUGCUGUGCCCACGCCCUGGAUAAAACAGGAUGCCGAUCCAUCCUCUCUGCAUGCAAAGCACCGAGGCUGGGCUCGGUAUCUGCGCGUUGUCGAGGCAGGAAUUUCCCUGACAUUUCAGCAAGGAGUCACCUGAGCUCUGAGGGUGACACCUCCCAGCCGUGCCAGGGGGAAACUGGGAGGAGAAACCCCUGCCUCGGGAGGUCGGGGAGCUCCCUCAGCUCUGCCCUGAGCAGGCAGAUGAAGCCGAGCAGCCCCUCCGGGCUCCCUGCCCACGGCAGCACCUUUUCCUGUGGGAUGGUGCUUGCGCGGAGGGAGGGUCCAGAGGGCUGUGCCUGCCCGGCCAGGUGUGCGAGGGAGCCGUGAAUGCCAGCCCUGCGUCACGGGCACCCCCUCCUCCCUCCCAGCCGGGAUAAAACUUCUCCUCACCUGGGAUCCAAUCUCAUUUAUCGCAGCUCCCACCUUUCCUCCCUGCCAGCCCCUCGGGAGGGCCAGGCGGCAGCGCGGAGAGUGAGAACAAAGUGGAUUUUUGACUGAGGGGACGGGGAGCCGCAGGGAGUUAUGUGGGAUCGCGGGCUGGCUGCACUCCCCGCCGGACCGGGACUUGACAUUUAACCGGAAAGAGAAAAGGGACACAAAAUAGAGAGGAGGGAGAAAGGAGAAAAAAAAAAAAAAAAAAAAAAAAAAAAAAAAAAAAAAAAAGAAAGAAAAGCUCAAAGCUGGAAAUCAAGUCGCAGCGGCGAAGCAGCACGUUCCCCUUCUGCCUUCGGAAGAAUUUCUUGGCUUGGUGUGUGGGUGCCUGUUAUUCGGGCUGCGACAGAGGAUUUGGAAUCUGAGUCAGACCCAGCGCUAAUGAGGAGGAAGAUGAUGAAUGUGCUGCCACGGGCGUGUGCCAGGCUGCUCCUCCUGUCCCUGCUCUGCGCCACCGGUGUCUGCCAAUGGAGCAAAAACAACCGCUGUGUGCUGUCUCGGGCAAAGAGCUGCACCGAGUGCAUCCGGGUGGAUAAGGACUGCUCCUUCUGCACCGACGAGAGCUUUGAAGAGCCGCGCUGUGACCUGCGGGAGAACCUGCUGCGCUCCGGCUGCGGCGAUGCCAGCAUCGUGUACACCCAGGGAGAGAUGAGGACACUGAAGAAUUCCAGUAUCAACGUGUCCCUGCAGAGGACCCAGGUGUCCCCCCAGGCCAUGUACAUGAGGCUGCGGGCUGGCGAGGAGAUGAGCUUCAACAUGGAUGUCUUCCAGCCCAAAGAGAGCCCUGUGGAUCUCUACAUCCUCAUGGACUUCUCCUACUCCAUGUCCGAUGAUCUGGACAACCUCAAAAGCAUGGGGCAUAACCUAGCGGACUUCCUGCAAGCCCUGACUUCCAAUUACACCAUCGGAUUUGGCAAGUUUGUGGACAAAGUCUCAUCCCCUCAGACAGACAUGAGACCCGAAAAGCUGCGUGAGCCCUGGCACAAUGCCGAUUCCCCGUUCUCCUUCAAGAACGUCAUCCGCCUGACCAGCAACAUCAACCACUUCAGCCAGGAGCUCCGCAAGGAGCGCAUCUCCGGCAACCUGGAUGCCCCCGAGGGCGGCUUUGAUGCCAUCCUGCAGACAGCUGUUUGCAAGGAUAAGAUUGGCUGGAGAAAGGACAGCACUCACCUGCUCGUGUUCUCCACCGAGUCUGCCUUUCACUAUGAAGCUGAUGGUACCAACGUCCUGGCAGGGAUCCUGGCGAGGAAUGACGAGCAGUGUCACCUGGACAGCCACGGCACCUACGUGUAUGACACCAAGCAGGACUAUCCUUCAGUGCCCACCCUCGUGCGCCUCUUGGGCCAGCACAACAUCAUCCCCAUAUUUGCUGUCACCAACCACUCCUACAGCUACUACGAGAAGCUGCACAAGUAUUUCCCCAUCUCCGAGAUCGGGGAGCUCCAGGAAGACUCUUCCAACAUCGUGGAGUUGCUCCGCACAGCCUUUGAGCGCAUCCGCUCCAAGAUGGACAUCCGGGCUGACUUCACCCCCAAAGCCCUGAAGACAGAGUUCACCUCCCUGGAAUUUGAAAAGACAGAAUCUGGCUCCUUCAACAUCACCCGUGGAAAAGUGAGCAAGUUCCACAUGCACGUGAAGGCUCUGGAGUACGUUGGUGGGCAGCAUGUCUGCAGCCUCCCCGAGAAGGACCGGCAAGGAGUCAUCCAUGUGAAACCCACGUCCCUGAGCGACAGCCUCACGGUGUCAACUGCUGUCAUCUGCGACGUGUGUCCCUGUGAACAGCAACAAGAGCUGGACUCGCCCAAGUGUAGUUUCCAUGGGAACUUUGUGUGUGGACAGUGCAUCUGCCACCCGGGCUGGCGAGGGGACACGUGCGACUGCUCCCCGGCCUCAUCCCCCAACAACGAAGCCUGCAUCCGCCCUGGGGACGUGGAGCCGUGCUCGGGACGGGGCGAGUGCCUGUGCGGGAAGUGCCAGUGCUACUCCGAGGAUCAGACCCUGCGCUUCGACGGCGCCUUCUGCGAGUUCGACGUCCUGCAGUGCCCGCGCACCUCCGGCUUCCUCUGCAACGAUCGUGGCCGCUGCUCCAGGGGUGCCUGCGUGUGCGAGAGCGGCUGGGAGGGCCCGGGCUGUGAAUGUCCCACCAGCAACGACACCUGCAUCGACAGCCGAGGGGGCAUUUGCAAUAACCACGGGAGGUGUGAAUGUGGCAGAUGCAUCUGUGACAUGGCUUCGCUGUACACCAGCUCCACCUGUGAAAUCAGCUACUCUCUGGGCUUCCAGGCUGUGUGUGAGAGCAUCCGGGACUGUGUCCGCUGCCAGACCUGGGGGACAGGCAACCUGAAAGGGAACUGCAGCUCCUGCCACCUCCAGAUCCAGAUGGUGGAGGAGCUGAAGAAAGGUAACGUGAGAAGCAGAGCUGGGCACAGCCAGCAUGUGGUGUCUCCUGUGUGCCCUGCUCCGUGUGGGUGUGCACGUAGGCCUGCUCCCCAAGUCUUUCCUGGCCCUGGUGACUUCACAACCAUGUCCCCUCUCCCCACAGAGGAGGCUGGCGAGUACUGCUCCUUCCAGGAUGAGGAUGAUGACUGCACCUACCACUACACCCUGGAGGGAGACCCCAGUGUCCUCCCCAACACCACUGUCCCUGUGCAGAAGAAUAAAGAGUGCCCGCCUGGGAGCUUCUUCUGGCUCAUCCCACUGCUCAUCUUCCUCAUCCUGCUCCUGGGGCUGCUGCUCCUGCUCUGCUGGAAGUUCUGUGCCUGUUGCAAGGCUUGCCUGGCCCUGCUUCCCUGCUGCGCACGAGGCUCUGACCCCGCCCCUGGCUCUGCAGGUCGCACCGUUGGCUUCAAGGAGGACCACUACAUGCUCCGCCAGAGCCUCAUGUCCUCCGACCACCUGGACACGCCCCUGGUGCGUAGCGGCUCCCUCAAGGGUCGGGACACGGUCCGCUGGAAGAUCCACAACAAUGUCCACAAGCAGGGCGUCACCUCCCCCGCUGCCACCAACGCCAAGGACCUCAGUGAGUGUCCCCGUGCUUCCAGCUUCUGGGUGGGUUAUUUCUCUGACCAACAAGGACGGAGUUUGAUUUGGGGGGUUCUCUUUGCAGUUCCUUACGGGCUGUCCCUGAGGCUGGCUCGGCUUUUCACGCAGAACUUGAUGAAACCGGACACCCGGGAGUUCGAGCAGCUGCGCAAGGAAGUGGAGGAGAACCUGAACGAGGUUUUCAAGCACAUUCCUGGCUGCCACAAGGUCCAGCAGACCAAGUUCAGGUUACAGCCUAAUUCUGGGAAAAGGCAGGAUCACACCAUUGUGGACACAGUGCUCACUGCCCCUUACUCAGCCAAGCCAGACAUCAUCAAAGUGGUGGAAAAACAUGUUUCCCACGAAGCCUUCAAUGACCUGAAGGUUGCACCGGGUUAUUACACUGUGACCUCAGACCAAGGUAGGGAGCAGAGCCUGGCACUGGCUCCUGGCUGGGUACAGGGGGUUAUUUCUCACCUCUCACCCUUGUCUUUUCCCCCAGAUGCUCAGGGAAUGGUGGAGUUCCAAGAGGCCGUGGAGCUGGUGGACGUCCGUGUCCCACUCUUCAUCAGGGACGAUGAUGAUGAUGAGAAGCAGCUGCAGGUGGAGGCCAUCGAGGUCCCCAAUGGCAUCGCAAAGAUUGGGCGCAGGGUUGUCAACAUCACCAUCAUCAAAGAACAAGCCAGCAGCCUCAUCACCUUCCUGCAGCCAGCCUAUUCCCACAGCCGCUUUGAUAAGCUGGCCAAGAUCCCUGUCCUCAGGGAGAUCAUAGACAACGGGAAAUCCCAAGUCACCUACAGGACCCGGGAUCUCACGGCCAAGAAUGGCAGGGACUACAUCUUCACGGAAGGUGAGCUGGUCUUCCAGCCUGGGGAGACCCGAAAGGAGGUGCAGGUGCCCUUGCUGGAGCUGACAGAGAUAGACACUCUCCUCAACAACUGCCAGCUCAAGCAAUUUGCUAUCGACCUCCUUCACCCCAAGUACGGCGCCAAGAUUGGUCGCUACCCCCAGACCACGGUGACCAUUGCUGACCCAGAGCUGGUGGAUGGUGUCCCCUCGAUGACUGGCCUGGCCCAGGUCCCCCAGUCCCCCAAAGGCCGCCUGAGUGCACCGUUUAAUCCCGAUGCCCGUGCUCUCAGCUCCAGGGAAAUCAGCUUCAACUGGUUUCCUCCACCAGGAAAACCCCUGGGGUACAAGGUGAAAUACUGGAUCCAGGGGGACCCUGAGUCAGAAGCCCAUCUCCUUGAUGUCAAAACCCCAUCAGCAGAGCUGACAAACCUUUACCCGUUCUGCGACUAUGAGAUGCAAGUCUGUGCCUACAACGGCGUGGGAGAAGGGACUUACUCGGACAUCAUCCACUGCCGCACGCUGGAGGAGGUGCCCAGCGAGCCCGGGCGCUUGGCUUUCAACGUCGUGUCUUCCACCGUGACCCAGCUGAGCUGGGCCGAGCCUGCAGAAACCAACGGGGUGAUCACAGCCUACGAAGUCAGCUAUGGGCUUGUCAAUGAGGACAACGUACCCAUUGGGCCCGUGAAGAAGGUGCUGGUUGAAGACCCCAGGAAGCGCAUGGUGCUGAUCGAGAACCUGCGCGAGUCGCAGCCCUACCGCUACAUGGUGAAGGCCAGGAACGGCGCGGGCUGGGGGCCCGAGAGAGAAGCCACCAUCAACCUCGCCACGCAACCCAAACGCCCCAUGUCCAGUGAGUGCCAGCCUGGGCAGGGGGCAGAGGGACAGGAGCAGGGGAGAGCUCCCCAUCACCCCAACUGCUUCCACACCUCCUGUUUGCUCUGCUGCUCCAGCCAUCCUGGCAAUGCUGAGGGCCAGCCUGAGCAUUGUGUGGUUUUUUGCUGCUUGUCUAUAAUGGCACUUUCCACCUCUCCUGCAGUCCCCAUCAUCCCUGAUGUCCCCAUCAUUGAUGCAGAGGGAGGUGAGGACUAUGACAGCUACCUGAUGUACAGCACAGACGUGCUCCGCUCUCCGGCCGGCAGCAAGAGGCCCAGUGUCUCUGAUGAUUCAGAGCACUUGAUGAAUGGCCGAGUGGACUUCUCCUUCCCCAGCAGUGGCAGUGGCACCUUGACCAGGACAGCCAACACCAGUUACCACCAGCUGAGCUCCCACAUGCACCAGGAGCACAGGGUGAUGGGCAGCUCCUCACUGACAAGAGAUUACUCCACAAUGCUGAUGGGGCACGAUUACCCGGGGACACUCCUCCCUCCCAUCCAUGAAGAUGCUGGGAGGACACUCCUCCGGCCCCGGGACGUGGGUUUCAGGAGCAGGGCAAAGGUGAAGGGUUACUACCCCAGCAUUGGCUGCCGGGACUCUAUAAUCAUGACUGAUGGGUCCGCAGGGAUGUGCAAGUACAUAGACUCAAGGAAGCCACUGGGCAUCCCCGACACCCCCACCCGGCUGGUGUUCUCUGCCCUGGGCCCCACAUCCCUGAAGGUGAGCUGGCAGGAGCCGCGCUGCGAGAAGGAGGUGCAGGGCUACAGCGUGCAGUACCAGCUCCUCAAUGGAGGAGAGGUGCACAGGAUCACCAUCCCCAACCCCAGCCAGAACUCAGUGGUGGUGGAGGACCUGCUGCCCAACCACUCCUACAUCUUCAAGGUGAAGGCGCAGAGCGAGGAGGGCUGGGGCCCCGAGAGGGAGGGAGUCAUCACCAUUGAGUCCCAGGUGGACCCGCAGAGCCCGCUCAGUCCCGUGCCAGGCACCCCCUUCACCCUGAGCACCCCCUGUGCCCCUGGACCACUGGUUUUCACUGCCCUCAGCCCGGAUUCUCUGCACCUCAGCUGGGAGAGACCCCGCGAGCCCAAUGGGCCCAUCCUGGGCUACAGGAUCACCUGUGAGAGGCUGCAUGGAGGAGGGGAGCCCAGAACAAUCUAUGUUGAAGGAGACAACCUGGAAACCACCCUGACUGUGCCCCACCUGAGUGAGAAUGUCCCGUACAAGUUCAAAGUGCAAGCCAACACCACCCAAGGCUUCGGGCCAGAGAGAGAAGGCCUCAUCACCAUUGAAUCUCAGGACAGAGGUGCUUUCUCCCAGUUUGGAGGACAGCAGUACAUGCGAGAAGUUUACAAAUUCCCCACUGAAUACACCACCAAAACCAGCAUCAGCCAUUCCUCUCUGGAUCCCCACUUCACAGACGGGAUGCUGGUGACCACCCAGCGUGUGGAGAACUCCAGCAGCACCCUCACCCAGGAGUUUGUGAGCCACACGGUGAUGGCCAGCGGGACCCUCACCCAGCAGGUGGAGAGGCAGUUCUACGAGGCCUGAGCCAGGGCAGGCCGAGCACCAGCAGGACUUUCGGGAUCAGGUGCCAGGAUCUUAUGGAACGACCCAAGGGUGCUUCAUCCAGGUGGUGCCUGGGCAGCUCCUCCUGCAGGCACAGACCCUCUGUGGCACUCCAGCCUCUGGAUUUGUCCUUUGGAGCCCAGCACACUCAGAGCUCUGGCACAGCUGGGUGUGUAAGCUCAUCCUUCAGGGCAGAAAUUGGGGUGUCUCCAAGGCUUCAGCCUCCCCAGGUAAAUGGAAUGGAAUGAUUUUAUUGUCAGGUCACGGUUUUGAGAAGAUCUCAGAUGUCAAAACCAUGAUUAAUAGAGGGUCACCAUUUCCAUUUUUGCUCCAGGCUCCCUGGCAAAUCCCCUGUUCAUUGGAGUUGUUUUGUUCAGUAUGGGGGUUUUAUGAGAGCUGCAAGGUAGGGUUUUGGGGUAACCUGUGCUUUCUUAUUGCACCUAUUUGUCUGUCCUUUGCUGCUGACAUUUGGUACCACGAUAGCAAAGAAUAACCUUUCAUUUGUGUUUUGUUACUUGAUGGCCUCUGAUGCUUUUUUUUUUUUUUUUGCAUACAACAUUGUACAGUUUUCAUAAUAUAUAUAUAAAUAUAUAUAAAUGUAUUUUAUUAUUUUAUAAAAAAAUGGAGGUGGAUGAGAUCUAUGCUGAAUGUGGAGGCAACACUGGGAUUGUGGCUGCUAGGAAACAUGAAUAACUGGAAGAAAUUAGUUAAGGGCUUGAUCCAAAGGCCACUUGAACCCUGUGAUGAGGCUGCUGGGCUCUGCCUUGGACCUUGUAUCCUUCAACACCAGAGGCUCCAGUAGAAGGCUGCAAGGGCCCAGAUCCACUCCCUGCAGAACAUCUCCCAGCUGGAGCACUUGGACACAGAAGGGCUGUGAGCUUCCUGAAGGUGAGGGAUGGGAACUGUGCUGGGAUUCCUCACACAGCUGAUGUGGAGAGAGUGAGAUUUCGGGGCAGAGGAUGUGGGGUAUCUUUUUUAAAAGACGUUUUGCCCAGCAGCAACAUCCAUAAAGGGACUUGUGCUCCAUCAGUAAACACAAAAGAAGAGCAGGCCUGGGAACAACAGGCACUCCCACCAUCCUGAACGAGUCUGAGACUCCUUCAGCCCCAGCUUCAGCUCCCCUCACACAGGGCUGGGCUGAGCUGAGACCCUGCUGGGUUUCAUGUCCCAGUGCUGGGCAGGAUCCCUGGAAGCUCCCUGCCCUCUGCCAGGGAAAACAAGCAGAUUCCCUGCAAGGUUUCCCUGGUGUGUUCCAGCUGCAUGGGAGCAAGCAAGGAGCCUGCCUGGAGCAGCAGCUGCCAUGCUCUGGGUUAGAGUCUCCAACCAAAGCAGCAGCUGCAGGGGCCCCUAGCAGCAUCACCAGCCUGCUUCAAUCUCACAAUGAACUUUGGCUUUCUUUUUGUGUGUGGGUUUUUUUUUUUUUUUUAAAUUUCUUUUUUUUUAUUUCCUUUUUUCUUUUGGACUCUGAAACAAAGAGGUCACCACCAACAGUUCCCUCUCCUCUUCAGGCUUUUUAUUUCACUGGGGGAAGGGCUGUACACCUUUCAGCCAAAGAUGGAUGUGGGUGGAUCAAGUCCACAGGACUGCAUGAUGCAGAUGGAGCUGGGUCAAUUUUGAACUUGGCUCAAGGGAUCCUUCACAAACCCUGAGGUUUUACUGUGCCUUCAAGAAGCACUUAUUUCUCCUGAGCAAGUGCCAGUGGCAUGAGGCUGCCUCCCUCCCUGCUCCCGUCUUGCCUGGGGUUGGGAUUUUCUCUCCUCCUGCUCAAGGACUCCUUCCCUGGGCUUUGUGGUCCAGGGUCAAACACUGAGAACUGCCUAAACAGGGACUUUCCCAAGCAUUUUAACCAAAGAUGAUCCUGUUCUCUAAGAGCAGACCAUGGCCCAUCAGCUGCUCUCCAGGGAAUCAGGCCUUCCCCACUCACAUGCACUAACCCAGGCCUGUCUUUUUAAAUUUCACCUGGUUGUUGGAGCUGGUGCUGUUUCAGCCUUUCCAAGAUGGAUCCAGAGCAGGUCUUUGAUCAGAUGGCUUCCUCUUGCACUCAAUAAAUAUUUUCUCUAUA